ACUAAGUAACAGUUUUCCGUCGUACUGAAAGCGGCUCGGAGCUAGUAAUUCGUUAAAGUAUAACUGUUCAAAGGCCGAAGUGAAAAUACAAUGCCGCAUUCUGUAACUUUAGCGUGGAAACCCCUACAGGAUGCCGCUUUAUCAGGGAAUUUAACUCUACUGGAAUCGUUAUUGAAAGGGGGUAAUCCCGAUCCGGUUGACGAAUUAGGCAGAACAGCUUUGAAUUUCAUGUGUUCGCUUCGCAAGUUGAAGGAUAUCGACUUGGAGGUGCUUCAACUUCUUGUCAAGUAUGGAGCCGACGUAAAUAAAGCAGAUAAAGACGAUGACAGCCCGUUGAUGGUUCUGUUUAAUAGCGAAUAUAAUGAAUCUAAAGAUACGGGAAUACGCAUACAGGCAUUGAAAAUACUUUUGGAAAACGGAGCCGAUGUCAAGUGCGUCAACAAUCAGGGUUUAACUAUAUUCAAAAAAAUUAUUCUUUGUGAUCCAACAAAUCAAGACACUGCUGAGGCACUUAAACUGCUUUUGGAAAACGGCGCUGAUCCAAACAUGAAGGUUGAUGAAUCAGGCAACACAGCUCUUAAUUUAAUAUGCAAUCAGUCCAAGUUUACAAGGGUCCACUUGAAAAUGGUUCAAAUUUUUCUACAAUAUGAAGCCGACGUUAAUACCCCAGAUGAAGAGGGUAAUAGUCCGAUGAUGAAUCUGUUUUGUAAAGAAUCGAAUGAUAUGGGAGUACGCAACGAGGCAUUGAAAAUACUUUUGAAAAACGGAGCCGAUGUCACGCAUGUCAAUCAUGAGGGUUUAACUAUAUUCAAAAAAAUUAUUCAUUGUAAUCCAGCAAAUCUAGAUACUGCUGAGGCACUUGAACUGCUUUUGGAAAACGGCGCCGAUCCAAACAUGAAAGUUGACGAAUUAGGCAACACAGCUCUUAAUUUAAUAUGCAAUGAAUCCAAGCUUACAAGAGCCCACUUGAAAAUGAUUCAAAUUCUUCUAAAAUAUAAAGCCGACGUUAAUAUCCAAGAUAAAUGCAAUUUCAGUCCCAUAAUGAGUUUAUUUCUAGCGGCAAAAGAUUACGAAUUGCGCUUGGAAGUUUUCAAGCUAUUACUGGAACACGGAGCAGAUCUCACACUUGUCGACCAAAGGGGUAAUACAAUAUUACAUAUCAUCUUUUACAGCAAUGCAUCAAAAAAUCCAUGCAUUGUAGAAGCAGUUGAAUUGCUGUUAAAACGAGGAGCUGACGCAAAUAUCGAAAAUAAAAAUGGUCAAUCUGCAUUCAAUGUUGCUGUGAAAGACUUGAAACACCCAAAAAUAAUCGAACUACUUUCAAAGCAAAUGUGACGAUCCAAAUGGGAUGGUUGGACUUCCACUCGUGGAUUUGUAAAAUUUGUAGUUUCGUUAAAAAAUGAAGUCAUUAAGUUUUUAGGCACUAGGACUUAGUAUCUGUAUGUAAAGUAGUUAUAAAAUUUAAAAUCCGACAUUAAUGUAAUGGUUAUACGUAAGUUAAUUUUUGUAAACGAGUAAAAUGAAAAUAUCGAAAAGUUCAGCAGUCUCUUAUGUGAAAUCGUUCAUAAGCGUAGACGACAAGUCACAAUGAAAAUUGACAUAAAUUAUUAAAAAAAUAUCAUACAUUUCCAUUCAA